UCUUUGAUCUACAUCACCUGCUUGAUUCAAAAUAUCUGUAACUUUCGGAAUCGAUUUCAUUUUGCCGAGUUUUUAAUCAUUAAUGAUUUUUUUUUUAUUUUUGUUUAAUUGUCUUGCCAUGUUAAUUGGAGUAUUCUGAAUUCAUCUGAAAAUUCAAGUUACCAACAUUAGACAAUGAAGAUAAAAAAAAAGAACCAUCGAAUGAUUGUACCAUCUCAGUGAGAAAAGAAAGACAAUACAAUUUCUCAUUUUAGAUGUACUUUAAUCUUUUCAAAUUAGGAUGGCAGAUUUCAAAGAGUGAUAAAAGGAUGCCAAUUCACGCUUAAGUGUUCGUCUUCAAAAGGCAGUAAUAGCUGAUGACAACAUUACAAGAAGAAAUCAAUUAAGGAUCGAAAGGCACAUAACUAAUGACUAAUUGAUCGGCUGAAUAUUGAAACGAAAAUUUUGAAAAAUGUAUGCAGCUGCAGGAGGUACUAGUAUUGCGAAUCGAAGAAAGCAAAACCAGCUGAAUAAACAACGACCCUUAUUGGCUACUAAUGGACCAAAAAUUCCACGUUGUAGAAAUGGCUUCGAGAGGGAACAGCGAAUCUCAAAUAGCAUAAAGGGACACAAGUCUUCACGGCAGCAUAUACCAAUAUUACAACCUCCUCACCAUCCGGCACCAUCAUCUACGUGUCAUAAUUCUUCCCAAACUAAGAAUCGAUUUCAGAAUCCCAAUUGCCACUCUUUUAAACAUCAACGACCAAUUAGUGAAAUAGUAAUUCCACAUGGCCCUUUAGCACCUCCACUUUCACCGAUUCAAUUUUCUAUAUCACCACCACCGUUAUCACUGGAAUCAGCAAACUCUGGCACGCAUCCAUUAAAAUUCAACAAUUUUCCAUUUCCACCGUCUUCCUUAUUUGAAUUAAGAAUAUUGCCUUCUACUUCUGAAUUACAGUUUGGAGGCCAGGGACAAGGAAAAGUGGCAUGGCAAAGCUGCAGUCAACCAUCACCACUUUUCUUGCCUUCACCACCACCUCAUGAUUCAAAAGAAGAAGGCUACAAGACGAAACAGUGUGAAGCUCAUCGAAGGUGGAUGAAAAGAAACAGGAUAAGAGACGCAAGUAAUUGUUAUGGGAGCAGUGGUGAAGAUGAUGAAAAUGAUAAUCUGAGUGGGUACGUUCAUCCUGAGAUUAAUGCAGCAUUGAAUACUGUGUUAUAUGUUGGACUUGGUACCACAGCGCUGGGUCUUGUUAUUUCUUUUAUUGGUACUGGAGAAAAAGGCUUUCUGAGUCCAGAGCUAAGGCUUAUUGGUCCAAGCUUAUUGUGUGCUGGACUUCUUUGCUGUCUCUUGCGAGUUCUUCUAUGCAUAUGUUUGUGUCAUUGUUGCAAAAAUUGUCAAUGGAAAGCGUGCCCAGUUGUUAUUGUUGGCAAAGACACAUUAAAAAAAGAAAAUACUGGUUCACCAUCCAAACGAGAACAGCCUACAACAUCGCUUUUACCUCAAUGCUCUAAUCAAAUAAUUAAAACAUCAUCGAUGGCAGUGAAAAUAGCUCAUCCAUCAUCAUAUUCUAUAUGCUCGGAAGCUGGAAAAGGACACGAGCUUCUACUUUUACCGUCUCAAUUAUUAGAGUAAUGAAACUUUUUCAUGACAAAACGUUCCACGAGAAAAGUUCACUAACUGUAACUUGAGUAGUCAUCAUGUGAAACUAGAACUAAAUUGAUCAUUUAAUAAAUAUAGAUUGAUAUUAAAUUAAUAAU